AUGAAGAUGUCGCUGGAUGGCUGUGUGCAAUUCCUGCUCCGCUUUCACCACUCAUGGCUGCGCCGGUAUCUGGCUCUUCUGCUCGCUGCCAUCACUCUGGGGGGCUCGAUACUCAAAGCCACGUAUGUCCUGCCUGAAUCUUACUUUUCCAAUCGACGCAACGCGCUCAACGUGUACUUUGUCAAACUGUCAUGGGGUUGGACCAUGGGCCUGCUUCUUCCUUUUAUUUUCACCUCAAACUACUUUGUCCAAAGAGAUGUUCUGUUUGCAUUACGGCGCAUAACUUCAUGUGCGGUAGGCACUGUUGUUUGGUUCCUCAGCACAAGGACCUUUCACAUUGUUGAAAAUUUCACAGGAGAAUGCUUUGAGUCCCAGAAUAUGACUGUUCUGCACGAAUUUGAAAAUAGGCGUGCUUGCAACAAACAAGGCCAUUUAUGGAUUGGCUUUGACAUCUCUGGGCACUCCUUCUUGUUGUCAUACUGUGUACUGAUGAUGAUAGAAGAAACAGCAAUCAUGAAUGAACUUCACAAAGUGGAACAAAAGCCGGGAAAGGCUACCUCCACUAUCAUUAAGUCACUCUUUAUUGCUUUAAAUGCAUUGUGUCUGUUGUGGAUUUGGAUGUUCUUCUGUACGGCAAUAUAUUUUCACGAUCUACCUCAAAAGAUUAUUGGAACCACUUUUGGACUUUCUGCCUGGUAUUUAACAUACAAGUUUUGGUAUAAGAAAUGGUUUUCUCCUGGAAUGCCUCCAGAAAUUGGGAACAAAAAUGAGUAAUUAGAAUUAAAUAUGCUAAUAAUAAAAUAUAUUCAAACAGUCAGUAUUCUCCAUACGUGUACCUUAAGUUGUUAAUGAACAGUAUGAGAGUAGACACCGGGACAAAUAUGGAAUGCCAGUAGAAAAUGAAACUAAAAUUGCCUUCCACAUAAGAAAACUAAUAAUUAAUAAACUAAAUAUAGGUUUAAAAAUUAUGUGUUUGGGGCAUUUUUGGAUUUUUUUGUUUACUUCAACUUUAUGGAAAUAUUGCUGAGGCAGAUUGAAUUUCACAAGUUUUUGAAAUAGAGUCUGACAUAAAAACUAAAAUCUAUCAGCAUGAAUUUGAUUGCUGGGCCAGGUAUUUUAAAGGAAAAUAUUUUGAUGUUUUAUCUAUUCUUCUCAAUAUAUCUGCAUAUGUUAAUCCAGUUAUAUAAUUAGAGGAAUUCUGCUUCCUCUUGCACGAGAUGCUGGUUUGUACUCUGGUUCUUUGUUAGAUUGUUAGGGUAAUAUGCACUAAAUUGUAUCUUUCUGAUUUUGCCAGUUCAUACUGUUAAGCACUUAAAAAAAUUGCUUUUCUUGAUUUAAAAUUAUCUAUCAUUUUAUAAAUAUUCACCUUAAGUAAAUAUUAACCUUAAGCAUUUAUAUAAAAAACUGGUCCAAUAAGUUAAUUUAAAAAAAAUUCAGGGACGUGUGUUAAAUCAUUAAAAUGUGUAUUUUUUUCCAGUAUUUUAUAUGUAUUAAAUGCAGAAUUCUGUAUAAAAUUUAACAAUCUACGCUAAAUUAUGUGAUAUAAAAAUUGCAAGUGCUUUCUUUAUUUGGUUACUGCAUGGCCUCUUGAAAUCUAAAGGUUGACUUCCAAAAAGUGAAUUAAGGAUGCUGUUUCACUGAAGCUAAAAUAAAGUUUUAAGAUCUGGUCGUUACAUUAAAUGCUGCAGGAGGGGGCUUUUUGGCCCAUCAUCAUUGCCAGGCCCCAGAGGAAGAAUUUUAUUAGUCUUGUACCUUUAUAACUCGUUAUUUCUCUCAUGUACUAAGAGCUUGUUAAGAACAAUUAGUUAAUUGCCAGCACAUGUGAAAGGAAACCAAUGUAGUCAGAGUGAGAAGAUGCGAACUCUCUACAGAUAGUACUCGAGGUGAGGAUUGAACUUGGAUUCCUGGAAUUGUCCCCUAUCAGCAUUAACUGGUGUAACACCACUAUGACAUGUCGUAAACCACUUGGUGAAAUACUGUUAUGGAAAUUGUACCUUCAGAAAAAGAUGCCAUUUAUUUUUGGACAACUCCUGUAGCAAGUUUGCAUUGCAAUGUCUGAUGGUGUUCAAAAGUUUUCGUUAUACUUAAGGUUAAUAUUUAUAAAUGUUAAAUGUAUAAAAAUACCAGCUUAGAAUUUCCUUGGAGCAGUGAGCUAUGUGCUAAACCUACCCUUGAGAAAAUCCUCUGCCAAGAAUUUCCAUUGUGAAGCUGUAUUUGAUCUGAUUAGUGCUGCUGUGGAAACUACAAUGCCUUCCAGUAAGUAAUCCCACAACUUCAGGAUGAACUGUCAGUUAAAUCCGUUAUGGAAAUAUUCAAACACUAUUUAAAAGUUAAGCACUAUAGUAUUUUUAAAGAGGUUGGAAAUAUGGAUUUAAACACUCAAGUUUGUUAAACACUCAACUCAAAGCAAAUUCCUGUCCUUCUGUCCCUUCCACACAGUUGAUAUCUGAUCAUCGGCUGAUAGGUUGUUCCUGGUUUGAGUUCAGUGGUCAGACCUUUUUUUAGAUUAGAUUAUGAGGACAUGCAGUCCUCUUUUACUGUCAUUUAGUAAUGCAUGCAUUAAGAAAUGAUACAAUAUUCCUCCGGUGUGAUGUCACAGAAACACAGGACAGACCAAGACUGAAAACUGACAAAAACCACAUAAUUAUAACAUAUAGUUACAACGCUGCAAGCAAUACCGUAACUUGAUGAAGAACAGACCAUGAGCACGGUAAAUAAAAGUUCAAAGUUUCUCGAAAGUCCCACAUCUCACGCAGACGGGAGAAGGAAGAAAAAUCUCCCUGCCAUGCCCGACCACGGUCCGACUCUUUAGUCUCCGAAAACUUCGUGCCUCCGACCAGCCCUCCGGCACCGAGCACCAUCUCUGCCGAACGCUUCGACCCCAGCCCCGGCCACCAGCAGCAGGCAAAGCCGAGGAUUUUGGGGCCUUCUCUCCGGAGAUUCUUGAUUGCACAGUAGCAGCGGCAGCGAACCGGGCAUUUCAGAAAUUUCUCCAGAUGUUCCUCCGUGCUUCUCACGUCUGCCUCCAUCAAAUCAGAAUUGUGCACGGUACCCUAUUUAACAAAUACGAUAUAAUCUUACCGGACAGACUGCGUAGCGCCGCCAUCUUCUCCUCCUGCCAUAACUGCCAGGAAACUGCACAAGAGUUAGUGCUUGAUGACUGAACUAUAUGAGGAGUUAUUGUUAGAAUGCAAUGGGAUGAUGGCAGCAAGCCCCUAAAGGGAGGUUGAAGUCAUCUGCGUUAGUGUAUCAGUACCUGUGAGUCCUGAACUUCAUGACAGUCAACUGGGGAAAUUCCUGUAGUUUCUUGUAAAGUUGCUGUGUUUUCAAAGGUAGGUGUAGGUGUAGGCGUGGUCCUUUUUUAAUGAUUGAUAUGCUGAAAGCAAAUUCAGGAAGGUACAUCUAUACAAUAUGCAGUGCAUAUAAUAGUUUUGAAAAAAGAUUGUAUGUUUUCAGUUCAUGACAGUGCCAUGGCGAACUUUGAGGAAUCUUGUAUUGGAAUUAUGUUUUAAGGUGGAAAUGCAAUAUUACUAUUUUUUUGCUUUCUUUUAACUGCUUUUCUAUUAGUUAUCCAAAUAGCUUGGUCUUGUACUAGUGUUUAUUUGAUUUGUAGUUCUGUCAUUGUUUUGAAUGAAAUGUAAGUUCUUUUAUUGAGAUGUACGCUGAUCCUGUUGUUAAAAGUUGGAAAGAUGAUGCUGUUUCAGCCAUAUAUUAAACUCAAACAUAUUAAGUGAAAUGAAGUGAGUAUAAUCGUAUGAGAAUUUGACAUAACUUUUUAUUAUGUGAAUAAUAUUUAAAAUCUUAAAUUUUUUUGCAAGUGAAAAUGACUGAAAUGGAACAUUAUGCCAUUUCCUGUUUAGACUACUUGUUAUAUCCAGAGGAAGUCUUUGAUCCAUCAGUUUGCAAUAGAAAACACAUGAUAAACAGCAUGUAAUUGUA